GGAAGGCUCAAGCUAGAAACACUGGGAAGCUGAGAGUAUUUGGGGCCUAGCAAGAUGGGAAACCAGCAUGGGGUCGUGCGAUGCGAGGGGCCUUCGGCCAAGAGCCACCCAGCCGCCUUUCCGGAGUAUACCAAGCAGGUGCCGCUGAACCCCAAGAUGGACCAGGAGCAGGGUUUCAAGAAGUAUGACGGACCAACGGGGCCUUUCCCUGAACAGUUCGAACUCGCCAAUCAGCUCAAGAUUUUCCCUCUCACAGAGGAACAGUUCAAUGAGCACUUCGAGAAGAAGCCAGUCCAUGUGAAUGCCAAGCCAACCUACUCAUCGAACUGGGAACGUGCUGUGGCCUACCAUCAUGGGAUUUACAUGCCAGAG